UCCGCACUUUCCGCUUUUCAACCCACAACCAAUUCACAACUCCUUUCUCAUCCACCUUUCCAUCUUCUACCCUCCCACUCUUCUACUACCUACUACCAACAACAAUCAACAAACAUGGCCGGCGGUGCUGAUGCUGGCGGCGGCUUUGACGCUCUUCUCACUCCUCCCGAACAGGCUGGAUGGAGGGGUCUGUAUAAGAACAGACGCGCCCUCUUCCUCGCCUGUUUUGCCUCCCUCGGUGGUGUCCUCUACGGAUACAACCAGGGUGUCUUUGGUCAAGUCCAAGUCAUGUAUGAUUUCAAGCAGAGAUACCUCCCAUCGGGAACCAGUGAAGAUAUCAGGGCUCUCUUGACCUCUAUCCUCGAACUGGCUGCCUUUGUUGGUGCCAUGAUGGCCGGUCCUCUCUCUGACCGAUUCUCUCGAAAGGUGAGUGGCGAUCCCGUCGAUUCCGCGCCGCAAUCCACCCCCGCAUUGGCAACCUUAUUCGAGCAUCGGCUGACGCGUUCGUUCAGUAUUCCAUUUCUGGAUGGUGUGUCGUCUUCAUCAUGGGUGUCGUUAUUCAGGCGGCUGCUAGCAGAGACAUUGCGUGCAUCUAUGCUGGUCGAUGGUUUGCCGGUAUGGGUGUUGGUGCCUUGUCAAUGUUGGUCCCCAUGUUCAACGCCGAGCUCGCGCCUCCCGGUAUCCGUGGUUCCCUCGUUGCCCUCCAGCAACUCGCCAUCACCUUUGGUAUCUUGGUCUCUUACUGGAUCGGAUACGGAACCAACUACAUUGGCGGUACCGGGGAAGGUCAAUCAACUGCUGCCUGGCGUAUCCCUCUCGCCCUUCAGUUGGUGCCCGCUUUGGUCCUCUGUGUUGGCGCCUGCUUCCUCCCCUUCUCUCCCCGAUGGCUCAUGCUCCGAGGCCGCGAAGACGAAUGCCUCGUCACCCUCGCCAAGCUUCGAGACUCUACCCCCGAGGCCCCCGCUGUGCAAUACGAAUUCCGCGCCCUCCAGGCCGAGCGUCUCGUCGAGCGUGAGGCUGCCAAGGAGCGAUAUGGUCAGGACGACGUCAACUUCAAGGUCACCAUGGCCGAGUACAAGAGGCUUCUUACCACCAAGCCUCUUCUCCGUCGUCUCAUGCUCGGUGCGGGUGCCCAGGCUUUGCAACAGUGGACUGGUAUCAACGCCAUCAUCUACUACGCACCUACCAUCUUUGAGCAGAUCGGUUUGACUGGCGGUACCAUCGGUCUUUUGGCUACUGGUGUCGUCGGUAUCGUCAACUUUGUCUUUACCAUUCCCGCCGUCCUCUUUGUCGACAACUUUGGUCGAAAGCCUCUUCUCGCCUGGGGUGAAGCCCAGAUGGCCAUCUCCCACGCCGUCGUCGCCGCCAUCAUUGCUGUCUACGGCGACUCUUUCCCUACCCACAAGGCCGCCGGUAACGCCGCCGUCUUCAUGAUCUACUGGUACAUUGCCAACUUUGCCGUCACCUGGGGUCCCCUCGCCUGGGUUGUUUCCGCCGAGGUCUUCCCUCUUGAUAUGAGGGCCAAGGGUAUGGGUAUCUCUUCCGGUGUCAACUGGCUCAUGAACUUUACCGUCGCCAUGGUCACCCCCCACAUGAUCUCCUCUAUCGGCUACAAGACCUACAUUGUCUUCAUGUGCUUCUGCAUUGUCGGCUUCAUCUACUCUGUCUUUAUCCUCCCCGAACUCAAGGGUCUCACGCUCGAAGAGGUCGACAGGAUCUUCAAGGACACUUCUGGUGCCGAGGACAGGGAGAGGCGAGAGAGGAUUGCCGCGCAGAUUGGUUUGGACAAGGUUGCGAACGAGGUGCAGCACAAGGAGAAGGUCGAGCACAACGACUUGGUGUAAAGGUCGACGUCUGUUUUCUCGAAGGGGGAGUGUAUUAUUAAUAUCUUUGGACGCGGUGCAUAUAAGGGUGAUAAUCUUAUACCAACAUGGUGAUUUGAAAAGAGCAUACUUGUAUUAAUUAGGCGCUGUCCACGAAGGGAAUGGAUGAGAAGAAUUCUUUAUUAUGCACUACUUUACGCUACUAGGGUCGUGAACUUUGCCCCGCCUGAUAUUGCACAGAAGGCUGUCGAGGCUGCGCUGUUUGGACAUAUGAUCACCUAUCUGGAAAGAAUGAUAAAGGCGAACGAGAACGAGGAAAGUCAUACACUCUGUCGACAAGCGUUUAGAGACCCGGGUUGAGUCGUCGCUUUCCCACGUCUUUGUCUUUGCAGAACGCCUCUCGUACACGAGGUUCACUACUUCUGUUUAUAUACCCCAAAUACUAUUCUGCGUAACCUACGACAGCCUCUUCUUACAAAAUUUGGUCGCCACCGAGCUGAACACCAUUCGGACCCUAUUCUCUCGCUCGUCGCC